UUCUCUGCAGCUGAUCCGUCGAGAAGCGCCACACAACGCCGAUGCGCAAUUCGCGGCAGUUGGGCAGUUCGUGUGUUAACGCUUUAGUCUAGCUCUCGUAAAUUUUGUGCUCCUGUAUUUUCGUCUCGACGUGACUGCGCAUUAAACGAUUCGUGAGAGAGGACACGGAGAAUAUCCUGAUUAGUACUAAGACGUGCAAGGCAAAGAUGGCUGAGGAACAGUGGGGAAUUAAUGAUAUGGACUUUUCACAACCACCAAUAAACACGUCCUCGUUUGAUGAAGGACGCGCUCCUUCUCGUGGCAAGGGACGUGGCACAAUUCCAUACAACAACAAUGAUACAAAUUGUUCUGUGGGAGGAUAUAAUUCCCACGACAAUGGAAAAACAGAUGACUAUCAGGAAAACUAUGGCGAUAAUAAAGAAGAUAAUUAUGAAAAUAAUGGAUACCAAAGCAAUAAUGGUAAAAGAUUUGGAGGAAACAAUAGACGACAAGACAACGAUAGGCCACGUUAUGGAAGUAAUAGAGGUGGUAGUGAUGGAAAUGAUCGGUGGCAAGGUAAUAGAGAUAGGAACAAUAGUAGACAAAAUAGAGGUAACAAUGAUGACGAUAAUGAAGAUAAUGGCUAUGAUGGAAAUUACCAAAACGAUAGAAGGAACGACAGACCAAGAAGAGAUAGAGGUGAUAACAGAGGUGGAAGAAGUGGCGGUUAUGGUAGGGACAGAGGUGGUGGUGAUGAUGGUUACAAUGAAAACAGUGAUAACCAGAACAGAAGACGCAGAGGAAAUGAUAAUGAUGGUAGAGAAGGUAAUAAUGAAGAUGAACCAAAGAAAAGGGAGAAUUAUAUUCCACCAGAACUACCUAAUGACGAAAGUUCCUUGUUUGGAAACGAUGUAUCUAUGGGAAUAAAUUUCGAUAAAUAUGAUGACAUUGAAGUAAAAGUGAGUGGUGAGAACGCACCGCGGCCGAUACAAUCUUUUAAUCAAACUGGACUGAGAACUAUCUUGUUGGAUAAUAUUAAAAAAUCAGGUUAUACAAAACCUACUCCUGUGCAAAAAUAUGCUAUUCCAAUUAUAAUGAGUGGUCGUGAUUUGAUGGCUUGCGCGCAAACAGGUUCGGGCAAAACUGCAGCAUUCGUAGUUCCUAUCCUGCACACUCUGUUAGAGAACCCAAGAGAUUUAAUUACAACGUCCACUUCCUGCGAACCACAAGUACUUAUUGUAUCACCCACACGCGAGCUUACCCAGCAGAUUUAUCAACAGGCCAAGAAAUUUUCUUUGAACUCUAUCAUACGCUGUGAAGUUGCUUAUGGAGGGACAUCAGUUUCACAUAAUAGAGAGAAAAUAUUUGCCGGUUGCCACGUUUUAGUUGCAACACCAGGUAGAUUAUUAGAUUUCAUUGGAAGAGGAAGAAUUAAACUUUCUUCUUUACGUUUUUUCGUAUUGGAUGAGGCAGAUCGAAUGCUAGAUAUGGGCUUUCUACCAGAUAUCGAAAAAAUAGUAGAUCAUGAAACAAUGGUGCCUGCGGAAGAAAGACAGACUCUUAUGUUUUCUGCUACCUUCCCAAGUGAAAUACAAGAACUUGCAGGUCGAUUUUUGAAGAAUUAUUUAUUCCUUGCUGUUGGAAUCGUAGGUGGUGCUUGCGCUGAUGUACAACAGAAUUUCUAUCAAGCAUCUGGCCAACCCGAGAAACGAAAGUUAUUGAAAGAACUUUUAGAUAAACAAAGUCAGAUGGGAAGUAUAGAAGGUACUUUAGUAUUCGUCGAGCAGAAGAGACACACGGAUUUCAUUGCUGCUUUCUUGUCAGAGAGCAAUUUUCCGACAACCAGUAUACAUGGUGAUAGAUUACAAAGAGAACGAGAAGAAGCUCUAUCUGAUUUUAAGCGAGGAAAAAUGUCAAUCUUGGUAGCUACAGCGGUUGCUGCGCGAGGCUUGGACAUUAAAAAUGUCGCUCAUGUAAUUAACUUUGACCUACCAAAGACAAUCGAUGAAUACGUUCAUAGAAUCGGACGAACUGGACGUGUGGGAAAUCGCGGCAAAGCGACUUCAUUUUUUGAUCCAAAUGUAGAUACGCCGCUUACUGGCGAUUUGAUUAAAAUUUUAAAACAAGCUGAUCAAGCGAUACCUGGCUGGCUAGAAUCUGGUGGUGGCGGCGGGAGCAGAACCUUUGGGCCAGGAAGAGGAUCAAGAAGAUUCGGCGGAGAAGAUAUUAGAGGCAACAAUGAUGCAUAUGGUGGUGAGACAUAUGAGGACGUUGGUUAUGCACCUCCUGUACCAGCAGAACCAGAAGAGGUAUGGUAGACGAGACAAGUGCCUCUUAUUUUAUUUAAAUACUACUCGUUUUCUUUAAUUUGAAAAAAAAUAUGGUAGAUUCUACAUACAAGUCCACAUAGAAUAUGCACAAAAGUGCAAUAUAUAUGACAGUUAUUUUCCAUUAUGUUUAGUUUAUUGAAUUAAUUCAUAACAUUUGUUAUAUGUAUUACAUCUCUUACAUAGAGAAAGAAUUUAAACACAUUCAGAUUUCUAUUACUACCUCAAGUUUACAUAAG